CGCAGUGAACGAUAGGAGACACCUGUUUUGCUCCUAAAUAUUUGCUGUCUGUGUAGCUUGCACAAUCAAGCAUAUCUCAUUGUAUUCUUCGCCCCGAGUAUCGCUGGAAUAUUUAUCGACACUAAUACCCAAGGAUCCUUCACUCCACGGGUGGCUAACGUUGUUGCACUUCAACCAUGAAUACAAAGCUACUGUCUAACCCGUUCAACAUUACCUACCCAACCGCCGUCCAAACAUCCCUUUACUCCCAAGCAUCCUUCGCCAAAUUCGACCCCAGUGGUCGUUUCGUAGCAGCCGGCCUCCCAGACGGCUCAGCACGAAUAUGGGAUCUAGACACAAAGAGCACUGUGCGUUGGCUCGAGGGACAUGUGAAAGCGGUCACUAGCGUCGAGUGCGUGACUUGAAUGUUUUCUUUGAGGACUUGGUCGAGAUACUCUAGAUAUGUCUUGACGUCUUCGAAAGACUGGAAUGUGGUAAUUUGGGAUCUGGCGUCGGAUACGGACCCCCCGAGGCGUGUGGCUACUGUGAGGUUCGAUGCGCCUAUUGCGUCUGCUUCGUUUCAUCCAAGGAAUAGUCAGAUCCUGCUCGUCCUACUGAGCGUCGGAGAAGCGUACAUCGUUGACUUACGAAAAGAACACCGUGGACGUACAGAACUUUGUGAACCCGACGACGCGGACGAGGAUAGCAGGCAGAGGAACGCUGCAUUCACAGUAGCCCGCUUUGACCCUUCAGGAAAACACAUAUUCAUAGGUACCUCUGCGGGCUAUAUUGUUGUGUUCAACUCUAGAACUAAGACGAUGGUCGCCAGACAUCGAAUAGCAGGCGCAGGAAUCUUAAAAGGUCUCGAUUUCACCAAGUCCGGACGCCGUUUGGCGACAAAUUCUUCAGAUCGUACUCUCCGCCAAUUCAAUCUCCCUGUAUACCCUUCACCCCCGUCAAUCCCCACUUCCUCCUUCACCCCUCCUCCAUCGUCCCCUCCAUCCAACCUCUCAAAUGGUGCCAAUGGCUCAAACGAGAUGAAUGAAGUGAAUGGGACUAUAAACAUGGACGCGUCGAUCCUAGAAACGGAACUCGAACCGAUGUAUCGCUUCCACGACCCAAUCAACAAAGUCGCGUGGCAUUCGAUGAGUUAUAGUCCAGAUGGGGAUUGGCUUGCGGGUGGGGCGGCGGAUAACGCGACACACAAGAUAUACAUCUGGGACUUACAAAACGAGGGCCAGUUCGCGAGUGCGUUGGAUGGUGGGAGGGAACCGCUUGUACACAUCCAUUGGCACCCAACAAAACCCAUGAUAGCCUCCACAACCAACCGAGGCAACAUCCUGAUCUGGCACUGCCCCACUCCAGAGAGAUGGGGUGCCUUUGCGGGUGGGUUCGAAGAAGUGGACGAGAAUGUGGAGUACGAAGAACGGGAAGACGAGUUUGACAUCGAAGACGAAUCAGACUUUAUCAUGCGCAAACAGCGCAUGGAAGAAGAACCCGUGGACAUCUUCGCGCUUGAGGACACGCCAACCUCUACUUCUCUUAACGCCCUCACAAGCACCACUACGAACGGCCACUCUCAUAACCCUCAUCAUUCUCUUUCUGCCCCUCUUCCUCAUCCCCACCGACAAUGGCAUGACAGUAGUAGCGGUGCAAACGGAACGGAGGUAGCCUCACGAUCUCGAGACGAAGACGAAGAUCUUGCGUGGGCCGACGAAGACCCCGAUGAAGAUUAUAUGGAGUGGCGGUUGAAAGUGCUGAUGGAAGAAGACGAAGAUGUGCGUUAGAGAUUCGUUCUCGUUUCCCAUUGGCUAUCCAGGAUCAUGGCAUUGAGUAUCCAAUAAUUUUCUAUUGACAUCCUGGAUACCACCUUUGCAACACGUUUGAGUGCAGAUUCGCUGGAGCAGUCUCGUAAGGACUUUUUUCGAAAGGCUGCGAGGUCAGGCAUCAGUGCUACGCGUCCCGAUCACCAUGGGCUCCACCGAGAGAGACGGUCAUCUAAUGAUAAACAUCGGAGCAGAACCUUCCUAUUCUUGUCUCCUCGCACUUUCAAUUAAUAUGGAUACUAGUGCCUUCAGGAGGAUUUCAUUGCUCCUUGCACCUGCUCGAGUGCUUCAACUAUCAAUUCGGCUUGUCAGAGUUCAUGCCUUGCCUGCGUUGGCGACUUGCACCGUGAGCGCGCGAGCGCGUUCAAGCUAUCCUUGGGUUACGAGUCGCUGGUCUUUAAUACACAGGAUCCUACGCA